AUGUAUCCAUUAACCUUAUGUUUAAAAUGGGCCACUUCUAACAUCUGUAUUUGUGUUUGCACAAUCCUCAGGAAUAUAUGUAAGUGUGGUUAUGGUAUUGACCAUCACACAGAAAAUACCAGAGAAAAUCAGGAUGGGAAAUGGAGUUAUAAAAAACAUACUGUGGAAAAGUGCACUGAUGCAUUUGGAGAUAUUCAGUUUCAAGGCUCCGGACGAAAAGGAAAGUAUAUACGCUUAUCAACAGAAACCAGUCCUGAAACCCUUUAUCAGCUGAUGACUAAAUACUGGAAACUAAAAACUCCAAACCUCAUUAUCUCUGUCACAGGAGGAGCAAAAAAUUUCCAAGCAAAGCCACGCAUGAGUAAAAUCUUCAGCAGAUUGAUUUACAUUGCACAAUCUAAAGGUGCCUGGAUAAUUACUGGUGGAGUUCAUUAUGGUGUUAUGAAAUACAUUGGGCAAAUGGUGCGAGACAACACCACCAGCAGAAGCUCUGAGGACAAAAUCGUAGCUAUUGGCAUUGCAGCCUGGGGAAUGAUUCGUAAUCGAGAAAGCCUCAUAAGGCCAGCUGAUGUAGAGGGCCAUUAUGUAGCACAGUAUGAAAUCGAUCAAGCUGACAAGGACAGCUUGUAUUGCUUAGAUGACAACCACACCCAUUUAAUAUUAGUGGAUAAUGGUUCCCAUGCACACUACACAAUUGAAGCUAAAAUUAGAACGGAAUUAGAGAGAUAUAUUUCUGAAAGCAGCAACCCUGAUUCAGAUUAUGGUGGAAAGAUUCCAAUUAUCUGUUUUGUUCAAACUGGAGGUAAAGAAACUUUAAAAGCAAUCCAUAGUGCUGUCAGCAGUAAUAUUCCUUGUAUAAUAGUGGAAGGUUCUGGUCAAAUAGCUGAUGUGUUGGCUACACUGGUUAACUCUGAUCCAAACAGUCUGUCCGCUAACACUAUAAAGGCUCUCCUUAAAAAGUAUUUGGCGACAAGUAUUGCUAUACGUUCUGAUGAAGAAAUAGAUUAUUGGAUCCAGAUGGUGAAAACCAUUAUUAAAAGUGGGCAUCUUCUGACAGUCAUCAAAAUGGAUGAUGCAGGGGAUGAAACUGUGAGUGAUGCCAUCUCCCUUGCAUUAUUCAAAGCCUGCAGCAAUAAAGUGACAGAGGGGAAUCCAAACUUUGAAGAACAGUUACAAAUUGUUCUAGAAUGGAAUCGAGUGGAUAUUGCAAGAAAGGAGCUGUUUAAUAAUCACAAACAAUGGCAGUCUUCUGAACUAAAAGAUGUAGUGAUCAGAGCACUGGUGAAGGACAGACCCGAAUUUGUUCGCCUUAUACUAGAAAAUGGCUUCAACCUUAAAACAUUUAUAACAAGAAGUGAGCUGACUGAGCUGUUUGUAAAUCAUUUCCCUGACCAGGCCAUUAAACGGCUGCAGGCUUCCAGGAAGAGAACAGGGCAGCACCUGCUCAGUUUCUUGUGGAGAGAAAUCAAGAAUUUCAGAACGAAGGAAGAUACCAUCCAGAAAACACAGGUGAGCACUUUGUAGCACUAGACUUUUUAUUCUUGCUGUGACCAGUCACCAUUUCUAAGACAUCCCAUUGAAGCUACCUUUCUUUGGGCAGUAUUAAUCAACCGUAAAGAAAUGUCAUAUGUCAUAUGGGAACAGACUAAAAGCAGUAUCAUGUCAGCCCUAGGGGCAAGCGGGCUUCUAAAAUCUCUAGCUAAAGUAGAAAUAGACACCGGACUUGCUGAAGAAAUGAAAACAUUGGCUAAUGCAUAUGAAAACCGGGCUGUGGAGCUCUUUGCAGAGUGCCACACUGAAGAUGAGGAGUUGGCUACUUCUUUACUGCUCCACUCAUGUGAUAUCUGGGGAAAAGCUACCUGCUUUCAGCUAGCAGUUGACUCUGAAGACAGAGAGUUUAUUGCACGCUCUGGAGUUCAGAAAUUCCUGUCUAAACUGUGGUAUGGUGAUAUUUCAGAAGAAACCAGAACUUGGAAGAUUUUGCUGUGCUUGGUAUUCUUCCCCUUAAUUUGCACCGACUUUGUCACUUUCAGGCAAAACCAGGAGUACACAGAUGGACAGGAAGGCAAAGGCAUGCAGCAGCAACAAGAGUCUGACUCCGAACUGUCGGUAUAUAUGCAACUCAAAGCAGAAAGAACAAGUGAUGAUGAGGAGGAAGAUGAAGAACAAAAGACUUAUGUAAAGCAGUUGUCAAACUGCCAGUGCCUCAAGGCUUUCUUCAGCUCUCCUUUUGUUGUAUUCUUAUGGAAUGUAAUUUCCUACAUUGGUUUCCUGUCAUUAUUUGCAUAUGUUCUUCUCAUGGAUUUCCAGAUAUCCCCAUCGUUCCCUGAAUAUCUGCUUUAUGCAUGGACAUUCACAUUACUGUGUGAAGAAUUUCGACAGAUGUGCAGUAAUCAGAUGGUUUCUAGUGCAUGGAAGAAACUCCAGGCAUACAUCAGUGAUCUUUGGAAUGUAGUCGACAUCUUUGCUCUUCUGCUUUUUCUCAGUGGACUGUUGUGUAGGCUACAGUGGUUUUCCCAUACGUUCUACACUGGUAGAGUAAUUCUCUCUGUUGACUACAUCAUUUUUUGUUUAAGACUUAUCCAUAUCUUCAUAGUCCACAGAGACUUGGGACCAAAAAUAAUCAUGCUGCAGCGAAUGGCUAUUGACACCUUCUUUUUCCUGUUUUUAUUUGCUGUGUGGAUGGUUGCUUUUGGAGUGGCAAGACAAGGAAUUCUCAGGCACAAUGAGAUCCGUAUUGAGUGGAUAUUUCGCUCUGUAUUCUAUGAACCAUUUCUUAUCAUGUUUGGGGAAUUACCUACAGAUGUUGAUGCUACUGCAUUUGAUAUCAAUCUGUGUACACUCUAUGGAAAUGAAACAAAACCCCUUUGUGUGGAACUGGACAGUGACAUGACACCGAGUUUUCCUCAGUGGCUGACAAUCAUCCUGUUAUGCAUUUAUAUACUGUUCACCAACAUCCUUCUUGUGAACUUGCUUAUUGCCUUGUUUGGUUUCACUGUUGAAUCUAUUAAUGAGAACAAUGACCAGUUCUGGAAGUUCCAGCGGUAUUUCCUUAUCCAGGAAUACAAGCAACGGCUACCCAUCCCAGCACCAUUUGUUAUUUUUGGCCAUCUGUAUGUUUUUAUAAAAUGGGUCAGUGGAUUGUUUGCGAAGAAACCUCCUCCUGAAGUCCCUGCAUGCUGUUCUUGCUAUGAAGACCAGCUACUUUCAUGGGAGGCCAUAAUGCAGGAAACAUAUGUGGUGCAAACAAACAGCAAACCAAGUGAUACAUUACAGAUAAUAGAGAAACAUGUCCGUACUCUUGAGUACAAAGUGGAAGAGAAGCUCUUUCAGUUGGAGGAGCAGGAGGUUGAAUGA